AAAAAACAGGUUUUGACCAAAAAAAUCAUCAUACUGUAUUACUGUACAGUGUACAUGUACUUUAAUUAUAAAUCAGAAUCAUGGAUGAUUCGAUAAAUAAUACUUUCUUAAUAUGCAUAUAUCAAGUAACAGGAGGAGAGGAGACUUUAAUUUCAAUGGCACAACGAGUCCAUUGUCUACGAUGUGGGACAGAUUAGCCUAAAGGUAUGAAACAAAUCUGAGGGUGAAUUUCUGAAAACAAUGAAAACUAUGAGAAACCCUGAUAGCCAUUACAUUCACAGGACGUCCAAGUGGAAGAAUGACCUGUUUUAUAACAUGGAAGUCGCUCAGGAAUCUAUGGAUCCAAUACUGCUGCACCUUUCAUUAUCGCUGCCACGUUUUUCUUCUUCUCCUCUACUUGUCUUGUCUUCUUAACUUUUUUGUGUGUUUUUAUUGUCUUUCUCUUUAGGUUUAGUUGCAAAGCCUCUUGUGAAAUUAGUAAAGACAUUGUGAGAAUAAUGGUUGUUUAAGGAUGUACGAAGAAUCCUAUGAGACAUAACUCCAGCACCUGCUGGUGAAGUCAAACCACAACCGGUGGUGAAGACCUUUCUCAUCAGCCAAAAACGUUGCAAAUUCGCCAUUAUUCCGACAGACUUCAGGAGAAGGAAAAAAAAAAACCGAAAUGAUGACAUCGAAGGCGAAGGCGCUUACGUUCAUUUGUUGUGUGGCUCUUCUCAAUCUUGCCAUUGCCCAGGAUCAAUCAGGGUUCAUUAGCAUAGAUUGCGGGUUACAACCAGAAAAUUCCAGCUACACGGAAACAUCGACCGAUAUUAAGUAUGUUUCGGAUUCAAGUUAUACGGAUACAGGGACAAGCUAUUUCGUUGCGCCUGAAAAUAGACAAAAUAUGAAGCAGAGCAUGUGGUCCGUCAGAAGUUUUCCAGAGGGAAUCAGAAACUGUUACACUAUUGCUGUUAAUAGCAGCACCAAGUAUCUGAUCCGGGCGGAUUUUAUGUACGGUAACUACGAUUCGAGAAACGAGAUACCGGGUUUCGAUCUUCACUUAGGUCCAAACAAAUGGGACACUGUUGAAUUGGUGUCUCCUCUGCAAACAGUGUCCAAGGAGAUCAUAUAUUAUGUGUUGACAGAUACAAUACAAGUGUGUUUAGUGAAUACAGGAAAUGGUACGCCUUUUAUAUCGGUAUUGGAACUUAGACAGUUGCCGAAUUCUUCCUAUGCAGCUCAAUCUGAAUCACUUCAACUAUUUCAACGGUUGGAUUUUGGAUCAACGACAAAUCUAACGGUUAGGUAUCCAAACGAUGUUUUUGAUCGGAUUUGGUUUCCCGCCACGCCAAAUGGGACGAAGCCGUUAAGUGACCCGUCGACUUCUCUCACAAGCAACAGUACCGGUAAUUUCCGUCUUCCACAAGUUGUAAUGAGAACUGGAAUUGUACCAGAUAAUCCAAGAGGAUUUGUAGAUUUUGGAUGGAUUCCAGAUGAUCCGUCUCUUGAGUUUUUCUUUUACUUGUAUUUCACGGAACUUCAACAACCUAAUUCCGGAACCGUAGAAACAAGAGAAUUCGUGAUCUUGUUGAACGGGAAGUCUUUUGGGGAACCGUUAAGUCUUAACUACUUCCGGACCUUAGCCUUGUUCACUUCAAACCCUUUGAAAGCAGAGAGCUUCCAGUUUUCUCUUCGUCAGACUCAGAGUUCAUCUCUUCCACCUCUGAUCAAUGCUAUGGAGACUUACUUUGUAAACAAACUUCCACAAUCAUCAACGGAUCCAAACGACCUUUCUGCUAUGAGGAAUAUUAAGUCUGCAUAUAAAGUCAAGAGAAACUGGGAAGGAGACGUGUGUGUGCCUCAAGCUUACACAUGGGAAGGUCUGAAUUGUAGCUUCAAUGGCACAAACAUGCCAAGAGUAAUAGCAUUAAACUUAUCGUCCGCCGGAUUGACUGGAGAGAUAACGUCUGAUAUAUCGCGUCUUUCGCAGUUGCAAAUUCUGGACUUAUCAAAUAACAAUUUGAGUGGACCUGCAGUACCAGCUUUCUUAGCGCAACUCCAAUUCCUGAGAGUCCUACAUUUGGCGAACAACCAGCUUAGUGGUCCUAUACCCUCUAGUCUCAUAGAGAGACUAGACUCGUUUAGUGGGAAUCCAAGUAUUUGUUCUGCAAAUGCGUGUGAAGAGGUCUCACAAAAUAGAUCAAAGAAGAAUAAACUUCCCAGCUUUGUCAUUCCUUUAGUUGCAUCACUUGCAGGGCUGCUUCUUCUUUUUAUCAUAUCUGCAGCUAUAUUUUUAAUCCUCAUGAGAAAAAAGAAACAAGACUACGGAGGGAAUGAAACAGCGGUUGAUGCGUUUGAUUUGGAACCAUCAAAUAGGAAGUUUACAUAUGCAGAGAUUGUGAACAUUACAAAUGGGUUUGAUAGAGAUCAAGGGAAGGUAGGAUUUGGAAGAAACUACCUUGGAAAGUUAGAUGGUAAAGAAGUAACUGUCAAGCUUGUUUCUUCACUAUCUUCUCAAGGCUACAAACAACUCAGAGCAGAGGUCAAACAUCUUUUCAGAAUUCAUCAUAAAAACCUUAUAACCAUGCUUGGUUACUGCAACGAAGGCGAUAAAAUGGCGGUUAUAUACGAGUACAUGGCUAAUGGAAACUUGAAACAACAUAUCUCAGAGAACAGUACAACUGUUUUUAGCUGGGAAGAUAGGCUCGGUAUCGCGGUUGAUGUCGCGCAAGGACUUGAGUAUUUGCAUACUGGUUGCAAGCCGCCGAUCAUUCAUAGAAACGUCAAGUGUACAAAUGUAUUCUUAGAUGAAAGUUUCAAUGCGAAGUUAGGCGGUUUUGGCCUUUCGAGAGCGUUUGAUGCAGCCGAGGGAAGUCAUUUGAAUACAGCUAUUGCUGGGACUCCUGGAUAUGUUGACCCCGAGUAUUACACAUCAAACAUGUUAACAGAGAAGAGUGAUGUGUACAGUUUCGGUGUAGUUCUAUUAGAGAUCGUUACUGCGAAACCCGCUAUCAUAAAGAAUGAGGAAAGGAUGCAUAUAAGUCAAUGGGUUGAGUCUUUGCUUUCAAGAGAAAAUAUUGUAGAGAUUCUUGACCCGAGUCUUUGCGGAGACUAUGACCCAAACUCGGCAUUCAAGACCGUGGAAAUAGCCGUGGCUUGCGUUUGUCGAAAUUCGGGCGACAGACCUGGGAUGAGUCAAGUGGUGACGGCUCUUAAGGAGAGUUUAGCUGUAGAAGUUGAGAGGAAAAAGCAUUUGCCGGUUGGAUCAACAGAUUCACUUGAAGAGCUUGCACUUGGCUUUGGAUCUAAUCCACCUCCUCGUUUGAGAUGAUUAUUUAUUGAUUUUGUUUUUUGUAAUGUUUUGUGGUCUCUGAAAAUAAUUUGUUAUAUAUGUCUUCUUCUUUUUUUGUGAGUUGAUAUAACCAAAAAAAUCGUUGUGCAUACAGGCUUGAUCCAGAUAUGAGGAUUUUUCUUACCG